AUGACAGACCUACUGGAGCUCACGACCCCCUACUUUCCAGAGUUCUCAGACCUCCCCAGCACGGACGAGCCCAGUAACCUGGCCUCUCUCCUCGCAGGGGUCUUCUCCGCCCUCCUCGGCGGCGCCCACGCCAUGCUCCAAGAAGACGAGGAAUGGCCGCACUGCAAGAUGUGCGGACGCCCCCUGGUGCCCUACCUGCAGAUCAACGCAACCACCGCGCACACCCCUGCCGAGUUUCGCGCACACCUCGACUGUCCCCCGUCGCGCACAGAUGCCGCGACGCUCUUCCAGGUCUUCAUCUGCACCGGGCCUGGGCGCAACGGCUCCUGCCUCGAAGACUGGACCAGCGGCGCCCACCCAGGAGUGGCCAUGCGUGCACGCCUCGUGCACUGCGGCAGCCAGACAGCCGUGAGGCCGAUAGAGACCCCCGAGGCCCUUGCAGGAGCGCGUGGGGUACUCCCACAGCGCGUCAUCUCCGAGUGGACCCCGGGGAACCCGGAGGUCCCCCACUUUGAGAUGCUUGACAUGAUGGAUGGCGGCGAGUACGACGAGGACUUCUACGAUGCGCACGAGCCCGCGGGCGGACUGAAGCUGCUCGGGAACGCCGUACUAGGGAAAGUGCAGAAUUUCCCUGACACCAACGGGCGCCCGCCUCAUGGCGAGGCCGAAGGGUAUCUAUGCUACCGCUCCCUAGUGCAGCUUGGCACGGACGACGGGGACAUGAGCGAUUACACGUUCGUGACGGUGGGGAACGUUUUUGUACUUCAGUGCAAGACCCACCCGGACAACUUCCAGCCCGGUCGCAGCUUUAGCUGGUGAACGGACUAGUUUGUGGCCGAUUGUCUACUGCCUAAGACGCACGCGACGUUCGCGUACAUCGUGAGGCGGGCACUGCACGAACGCGGAACGGUACCGGGAGGAGCCCCGCACCCUGUCAUACUAGCGCACUUCGAGUUCGCUCAGGUCACCCAGGGAGAGCCUCGACGCUAACAACCAACGAUGAGCCUUUCUGGAUUGUAGGCGACCAUAUAUCGUGCCCUAAGCACCUUUAGCACGUACACUUGGAACAUACUGGUAUAAAUGUAUUGAACGCAC